AGCUUGAUGGAGGGGAAGAUCACAAGAACGGGGGCGAGGGGGAAAGGAGAUGAAAUCAGUUCUCAGCUGCUAUUAUGAGCUUGUAAACACUAACAGUAACUUAAUGCCUAAACUUAUCUCGAGAUCACGUCGCGGACGGUGGUGACAUAUAUCAUAGGCCUGCUUCUCCCUCGAUCGCGUCGCGGCAAGAUCGAAAACUGACAUGGCCGACGGGCUUAGGUUCUAACCAUUCGUUCUUGAAGCCUUUUCGUUGAGCUUACUUAGCUAUGACCACAGUUCCAGCUAUUAACGAUGUUACUGAAUCGUCCUCGCGAUGUCGCGAAGGCGCGUCGUCGCAACGGUCGUCUCAUAAGCGGGAGGGAGCUGUCGCAGCAUCGGAUAAACAGCUGUCUCGCCACGUGUCCAGGACGACCGUUGCGUCUCUUAUACGCCAACUCGUUAACGUCCAGAACAAGACCCACCCCUCGCCGUCGCACGACUCCCCACCUUGCCUGCCGAACCUGAGCAAACUCAGGAGCUUGCUGUCUGCCGAGCCUCCGUCCGUUCCUCCCACUCUCCGUCCCGUUCCUCCUGCCUCGGGGAGCAUGGGGUGCUCUCACCUGCAAGCUCGGGACUCGUACUACGGUCACUGCGCGCCGAGCUACCUUCAACCUCGAGGAGUGUGCCACCAAUGGCAGCAACCGCACAUCCCGUCCCCGAGUGUAUUCGAGGCUCUUGCGGUGCAGGCGCUGACAAUGGCGGGCGCACAGCAGGGGCACAGAGCAGCGGAGGGGCAGUUAGUGCCGCACAGACGGACGCACGGAAGGGAACAUAGAGAGACAUAUGGCCAGGGCCAGGGGCAUAGGGCACUGAGGGUGAAAGAGCCAGGGAAAUUGAGCAUCAGAGCAGAGCAGGCAGCGGCAGGGGCAGAGGUAGCAGCACGGACAGAGGCAGCAGCAGCAGAGAAGGAGGUCUGUGGAGUUUUAACUGAAGGUGACGGUUUUAAGACCGGCGAUCGUUCAAAGAGGGGGAACGAAGGGGAGGAAGAGGAAUGGGAGAAGGAGCGUAAGGGGCGGACAGAGGGAACUUGUGAAGAAAAUGAUGUGGGUAAUGCUGCGGAUGUAGACCGAGUUGUAAUAGCAGAGCGUGAGGAAGACAUAAGAGGGAACGUGGAUGAUGCUGGUGAUGAGCGGGUGAAGCAGACGCUGAUAGGCCCAGUCGAUGUGCUUCAGACAGGCGUCGCUUCAGUCGGUUGCACAGGGGGAGUGGUGAAGAGUGCAGGGGUGGUGGCUGCGAGUAGUUCAGGCGUAGUGGCAGCAAGUGCAGGGGCAAACACCUCAGGGGUGGACAGCGAGCGAAAGCACCCUCGGGGAAUGAGGCGAGUGAGCUCCGAGGGUAGGGGUGCUGCAGCAGGAGUGGAAGGGGCAGGAGGAGGGGUGGGGUUCGGAGGAGGAAAGCGAGAGCGCGCUUUCACAUUGCUGCAGCCGCCACCGCUGUUGCCGUUAGAGGGGACGGCAUCAGCUGGACAGGAAGGGGCUGGGGGAGGGAUGGUACUAGGAGGAGGAAGGCGAGAGCACGCGUUCACGUUGCUGCAGCCGCCACCGCUGGUGCCGGUAGUGGGAAGAGGCGCAGCAGGACAGGAAGGGGCUGGGGGAGGGAUGGUGUUCGGGAGAGGAAAGGGCGAGUGUGCUUUCACGUUGCUGCAGCCGCCGCCGCUGUUGUUUCACGCGUUUAUGGGAAGGUUUGGGGAAGGACAAGCGGAGGAGCAGGAGGAGCAGGAGGAGCAGGAGGAGGAGGAGGAGCAGGAGGAGCAGGAGGAGCAGGAGGAGCAGGAGGAGCAGGAGGAACAGGAGGAGCAGGAGGAGCAGGAGGAGCAGGAGGAGGAGGAGGAGCAGGAGGAGGAGGAGGGGCAGGAGGGGCAUCGGGUCAAUGAGGAGAAGCGGGACGUGGGAAAGGGCGCGAGGAACAGCGAAGGAAAGGAAGCAGGAAACAGAGAGAGGAAGGGAGAGGCGGGCACGGAAGGGGAGAGAGAGAAAAUGAGAGACGGAGGGGAAAUGAUGACUGAAUCGAGCAGCGAAGAAGCGGGUGCAGGUGGUGUGACUCUAGGAGGUGUGUCUCCAGGAGGUGUGACCUCUGGUGUUAUUAACACGCCCAGUGCGGCACCCAUCCACCCUCCGGCAUCUCAAUACCAAUCCCCUUCUCCUUCUCCGUCGCUUUUCCCCUUCCCCUUCCCCUUUCCCUUCCAUCUCCCCCCGUUUUCCACCACCACCACCACCCCUUCGUCCUCCAACCAUUGCUCUCGCCUCACCACGCCAGCCUCUCUCCCCCACUCCUGCCUCAAAACCCCCGCCUCCACUGCCCACUCUCUAGCCCGCCCUUUCUCCCUGUACCACCCAAUAUCUCCCCUGAACCGCUCUCUAUCCUCUCGAACGCCUAACUCAGCCGUUUCUCCGGCUGAUUCCAGAAUCCGAAGAACCUCAUCCAUAGCAGGGGGCACCCACGCAGGUGCUGCUGCCACAGCAGGUGUAGCAGGGUCCGGCUGUAGCAGCGAACCGGCCAGUGCUGCGUCAGCCGUGAGCAGGUCCAUAGAUUCCGGCAUGGCUGUGGGCAGCAGCAGGGUGAGCAGCUUCAGCGAGUUUAGCCUCCCUCCAAACGCCUUGGAUGGGGAGAGGAACCACGCAGCAUGGCACGCCCCUCUCAGGCUCAGAGGCAGCAGCAGCGGGUAUGGGAGUGAGACUGCUGCCAAAUGUGAGAAUUCUCAAAAAGCGUCCUGGUCGUCUCAAGGACAAAGCUCAAAUCAUGGUCAGUGUGCAGGGCAGGAAGCUUUGGAAGAGCUCCCAGAGGGGGUGAGCUAUGGCUGGGGCGUGGGGCUCGUGAGGCGGCAAGGGAGCGCCGUGACGCAAGGAGAUUCUAACCACCGUCAGAGUGAAGGGAAAGACGCUUUUGAGGGGCCUGCAGAGGGGGUGAGCUACGGGUGGGGCGUGGGCCUGUUGAGGCAAAGGGGCGUUUUGAAGCAAGGAGGAGGAGCAGAGUGGCAGGAAAGUGGGUUGAGUGUGCGAGGGGGUGACUUGAAGGAGGGAGGUGCAGAGCAGCAGAAAGGCUUGCUGAGAAGGCAAGGGGGUGGCUUUGCGCGGGAGGGUAUGGAAGACGUAGGAAGGGAAGAGUAUAGAUUUCCUGGGCUGGGCACGGCGGUGUCUGGUCCAUCGAAUCAUGAGCCGACUCAUAAACACACAGGUAUUGGGGUUAGCAGCAGUAGACACGGCAGCAGCGCUAGUGGGGGCGUCCACAGCAGCAGGAGAUACAGCAGCAGGAGAUUAAGCAGCCGAGCCCUUGGUAGCAGCGUGAAUGGAGGAGGUGGCGAUGAGAGCAGCACUGGUGGGCGCCGCAGCAGCAGAAGACAUAGCAGCCACGUGCUUAGUAGCAGCGUGAAUGCAAGGGGUAGCGAUGAGGGCAGCACUGGUGGGAGCUUCAGCAGCAGGAUAUUAAGCAGUCACCCCCGUGGUAGCAGCGAUGGGAGGGGUACUGAGGGGAGCCCCAGCACGGCUGGGAGCGGACGCAGUGGCAGGGGGUGGUUCGGCAGAGGUAGCACGAGCAGGGCUCAUGGUGACUUGGGCAAGGGCAACACUGAGGGGAGGAGCACUGAGGGGAGGAGCAGCAAUGAGGUGAGCAGGAGCAGUCCCGCUGCCACAGAACGGAAGGCGCGUCAAGGAAGGAGUGAAGCCUUAGAGGCCUUGCCUGAGAGAAGGAAGGGAAGCGGCGGGGGGAGCAGCAAGCGAAGUCGUGGAGAGGGUUUGGUGAGGAGUGAGGGGCUGGUGAGAUUGAGUGAGGAGCAGGAGGAGGAGGAGGGGGGGGGGAGAGGGAGGAGGGAGAGAGGAGGGAGGUGGCGAGGGGAGGGAGAGGAGGGAGAGGGAAGCGGGCGAUGCAGGGACUUGCAAAGCUUGGUGAGUGAGUGGCUGGAGAUGGAAGGAGAUGCUGAGCUGGCGAGCGGGGAUUCGCCGAUCCUGGACAUAAUAACGCUCACGGCGUUACUAGAGGCUGCUGGGGUGGUGGGGGGAUCCAGGCGGGAGAAAUGGGAGGAGAGACAGACGGGGUUAGCGAUGCCAGAAGCAGCUGCAGCAGCAGCAGCAUCAGAAGCAACUCCAGCAGCAGCACCAACUCCAGCAGCAGCACCAACACCACCAGCAGCACUAACACCACCAGCAACAGCAACAACAGCAGCAGCACCACCACCACCUGCACCAGCACCAGCACCGGCCCCAACAGCAGCAGCAGAACCGGCAGCAACAGCAGCAGCAGAACCGGCAGCAACAGCAGCAGCACGACCAUCAACAGCACCAGGUCGUCUGCCCAUUUGGCGACCAUCCUCAGGACCAACCUUAGCAGUAUCAACGCUAGCAGCAGCUACAGCAGUGACAGGAGCAGCUUUUCCGCUCAUCUGGCGACCGUCCUCCGCCCCUCUCACAGGCCACAAGAGGCAAAGAAACGGCCUGCCUUUACCCCACCACCACCACAACCGCCACCACCCCAGCUUGCCCCUCCACCACCCCGAUCCCAGCGUGCCCCUCCAUUCGCCCUAUGGUGCCCGUCACAUCCCCUUGUCGCUUGCCAUAACCCCCUCCCUUGGCUCCCCUUUCCCCGUCGACCAGCACCCACUCCUGGCGCCUGCCCGAGGAGCGCAGUCACUCCCUGAGGGUCUGGGAGAUAUGAGCUGGGCGCAUGAGAAAGAAACCUUUGAGCCGCCUGAGGAGCCUACUCGAGUGGAAGAGAGUGGGAGCGUUGCUGAUAAGGAUGAUGUGGGCGGGGGUGCAGGGGUAGGGGGGAUGGGAGUGGGCUUGGAUGUGGGCGGGGAUGCAGGGGAGGGGGGGAUGGGAGUGGGCUCGUGCUGCUCUCUUGGGGGAAUGGGGAGAAUGGGGGAUGUUUGUGACAGCAGAGAAAGUGACUGUGGAGGGUGGGAUAAAGACGACCACAUGGCAAUGCUGCCCCUGGCUAUGGCGCGGGGAGGGUUCCAUAUUGGGCCUGCGCUGGCUUGUGCUGCUCCUUUUGAGGCGCUUCAGAAGCAGAAUUCGUUUGAGGCGGCCCAACAGCUGCCCCUCGCUAUGGCGCGGGGAGGGUGGCAGGUGGGGCCAGGUGGUAGCACACGCGCUGGUGCUGCUCCAUUCGAGGCGCUUCAUAAGCAGAAUUUGUUUGGGGCGGCUCUGCAGCUGCCCCUGGCUAUGGCGCAGGGAGGUUGCCGGGUGGGGCCUACUGCAGCUUGGGAGGGGGGAGAGAGGGCGGGGGAAAGUGGAGGACAGGGUAGGGAGGGAGGAGGGGAGGAUGAGGGCAGAGGUGGACAGGGAGGAGGCGGCGGAGGAAGUCAAGGGGGAAGCGAUGGAGGGGGGAGUGGAGUAGGGGGGAGUUGUGGAGGGGGGAGUGGAGUAGGGGGGAAUUGUGGAGGGGGGAGUGGUGGAGAGGAGAGCGGUGCUCUGGGAAAUGGCAGUGGUAAAGGGGGAGCCGAUGGAGGGGGGAGUGGUGGAGAGGGGAGUGGUGGUGUGGGAAAUGGCGGUGGAAAUGGAGGAGAGGAAGGAGAUGAUGGAGAGGAGGAGGAGGAGAGGUGUGAGGGAGGGGAUGGGGUGGAUGAGGAGGAGACAGAAGAGGAGAGCGAAGAGGGGAAAGAAGAGGAGAAGGUAGAGGAGAAGGCAGAGGAGAAGGCAGAGGAGAAGGUAGAGGAGAAGGUAGAGGAGAAGGCAGAGGAGAAGGCAGAGGAGAAGGUAGAGGAGAAGGCAGAGGAGAAGGUAGAGGAGAAGGUAGAGGAGAAGGUAGAGGAGAAGGUAGAGGAGAAGGUAGAGGAGAAGGUAGAGGAGAAGGUAGAGGAGAAGGUAGAGGAGAAGGUAGAGGAGAAGGUAGAGGAGAAGGUAGAGGAGAAGGUAGAGGAGAAGGUAGAGGAGAAGGUAGAGGAGAAGGUAGAGGAGAAGGUAGAGGAGAAGGUAGAGGAGAAGGUAGAGGAGAAGGUAGAGGAGAAGGUAGAGGAGAAGGUAGAGGAGAAGGUAGAGGAGAAGGUAGAGGAGAAGGUAGAGGAGAAGGUAGAGGAGAAUGAAGAGGGGAGUGUAGAGGAGGAGAGGGUGGAAGAACAAGAGGAGGCCGAGACAGCAGCAGAAAGAACUGAAGCUGAUGGGGAGGAGAAGAGAGCAGAAGCGACGAUGCCGAGUCAAGCUGAAUCUGGGAGCGCAGAGGGUGGACGAUGCUCUGACGGUUCCGCGGUGGCAAAAACCAUGGGGGAAGUGCCAGGAGGGGAGACGGCGGCAGGUGCAGAGGCAGUAGACGGAGUUACGCGCCUGUGCGCAGCAGAAGUAGGAGAAAGAGCAGGUGAAACAGAAAUAGAAGUGGAUACGUCUACCGUCGCCUCAAUAGCAGGCGCAGAAACAGACGUAGGACCAGAAUCUGUGGGUGAAGCAGACACAGAAGCGAUAGCAGCAGCAGCAGCAGCAGCAGCAGCAGCUGUGGCAGGAGAAGAGCCAGCAGCAGUAGCAGCAGCAGGAGGGGAGGGAGCAAGAGAGGCAGAAGAGAUGGCAGCAGCAGCAGCCACAGCUGACCAGCUCGCAUUAGAAUAUGCAGAGGCAGCUGCUGAGAGCCCUGAUACUUCUGAAGCGCUGUCGUUUGAGUCGACUCAAGAGGGGUUUGAAAGCCCGUAUAGCAGUGAGCAGGUGUUCUUUGAGUUGCCUGAAAAGGGCUCUGACGAGGCGGGUUAUUCUGCUGAAGUGGGUGGAUUGGGGAGUGCAGCAGAGGGAGCGGAGAUUGGAGGAAUGGUGGAGAGUGGCAGAGAGGGAGCGGAGCUCUUUGAUGUUGAAGUAGUGGGGAUGGCCGGGGAACGGAACGCUGUUGAGUCGACUCAGAAGCAGAUUGGAGGAAUGGUGGAGAGGGGCAGCGAGGGACUGGAGGACUUGAAUUGUGACGUAGUGUGGAUGGUGGGGGAAGGGAAUGCGACGGAGAGGAGGGGGGUGUUGGAGCAAGAAGACGCGUUGGAGCAAGAAGACACGAUGGAGCAUGGUAGAAAAGGGUCUGGGGUAUCAGGUCCUGGUGCAGAGGAGACACCGGGUGGAGAAGAUGCCAGAGAGGAUGUGGUGGAGGAGAGGGGCAGUGUGUCAGAAAGGGGCGAGAUGGAAAAAGGCGAGAAAGUGGAAAACGACAAAGAAACGACGGAACGAGCAGAUUCAGGCACACGUGACACGGCGGCGGCACACGUGAUUGAGAGAGUGCGACUCGUUGGCAUGCUGCUGAGACGAGUGAGGAUGCAGCUGGGGAGGCAGGAAGCGGGGGAGGGAGUAGGGAGAGGCGAAGUGGAGAGAGGGGAAGUGCAGAGAGAGGAAGAGCAGAGAGAGGAAGAGCAGAGAGGGGAAUAUGAAGCAGGGGGAGAAAAGCAGGCGGAGGAAGCAGGGGGAGAGAUGCAGCAGGGGCUGGAGGAGGAGCAGGAGAGGGCGAGGCUUGUCAACUCUGCAGCAGCAGCAGCAGCUGCUGCUGCUGAGUCAGUGCAAGGGCUACCUAGUGCAGCACGAGGAGAAGGCCCGUCAGAGUUGGUUCAAGGCUCAACGCCCCUGGUCGGCUCAACGCCUCUGAUCGGCUCAGCACCUGCUACUUCCGCCUCGCCUCACUCCCCCGCCUCUCUCCCGCUCACGUCCCUGCCAGAAAAUGCCCCUCUGACUAAAGACGGACCCCUGACGGAAAAUGCCCCCCUGGCUGAAGGUGAAUCCCUGACAGGAGAUGCUUCCUUGACAGGAGAUGCUUCCUUGACAGGAGAUGCUUCCUUGACAGAAGGCGGACCCCUGAUUGAGGACGGAGCCCUGACAGGAGAUGCUUCCUUGACAGGAGAUGCUUCCCUGACAGGAGAUGCUUCCUUGACAGAAGGCGGACCCCUGAUUGAGGACGGAGCCCUGACAGGAGGUGCUUCCUUGACAGGAGAUGCUUCCCUGACAGGAGAUGCUUCCUUGACAGAAGGCGGACCCCUGAUUGAGGACGGAGCCCUGACAGGAGAUGCUUCCUUGACAGGAGAUGCUUCCUUGACAGGAGAUGCUUCCCUGACAGGAGAGGCUUUCCUUGCCGGAGCCACGUCCCAAGCUCUCUCAGACGUCAUCUCCAUUUCUCCUGACCUUUCUGCUGCUCCCCACUCCCCUUCCUCCGUCCCUCACUCCCCUUCCUCCGUCCCCCACUCCCCUUCCUCCGCCCCACCACACACCACCUACCUGGUAGCAGACGUUUCCCUGACAGGAGAUGCCUCCCUUGCUGGAGCCACGUCCCAGGCCCUCUCACACGCCAUCUCCAUAUCUCCUGACUUCCCCUCUGCCAAUCACUCACCUUCCUCCGGCCCUCACGCAAACUCCGCCCCUCACUCCCCUUCUACCGCCCCUCACUCCCCUUCCUCCGCCCCUCACUCCCCUUCUACCGCCCCUCACUCCCCUUCCCCCGCGCCUCACUCCCCGUCCUCCGCCCCUCCCUCCCCUUCCUCCGCCUCGGCACACUCGCCCUCCUCCCCACCCCCUCAGUCCCCCUCCUUCCCCACCACCCCUUUCUCCCCCUCCACUUGCGCCUCCUCCUCCUGCCUCUCCCUCCCCCUCUCCCGCCUCCGCUCCUUCUCGCCCCCUCGCACCCACUCCCUGCACACCAACUCCACCCAUCCCAACCCCUUCAAUACCAAUGACUUUGAUACUACCUCCUCCUCCCACACUCACUACUCUCACACUCACUACCCUCAUACUCACUACUCCCACACUCACUCCUCCCACACCCACUCUCCUCCACGCACUCUCUCCUUCCCUUCUGUUGCCCCUCGGCUCUCCUCUGGCAACUCUCCUCUCUCCUUCACCACGAUUCGCACAGCCCCCUUCCUGUUCACUGUUAUGAGUGAUGAAGAAACAGCACCUGAAAAAGCACCUGAAGGAGCACUUGAAGGGAAAACGGAACUAUCACCGGAGGUGCCACCUGAAGCACCUGAAGCGGCACCUGAAGCUUCUGAAUACGUUGCUGGUGAGGUGGCAGGUUCAGGUGAAAGUCAACCUGGCGUUCAGCCUGAUCCUGGGCUUGCUAAUCCAACAAUCACUGCCGGCUGUGCUCCCACCGACGCCCAAAGAGAGGCUGUACGAGCAGAGUCCGUUGUGGCUGGCGCAACAGCAACAGCAGCAGCAGCAGCAGCAGCCAUUCCAGCAGCCGUCCCACCAGCAGCCUCUGUUGUGCCUCGGAGCCCGGCAGUUUCAGCAGCAGCAGCAGCAGCAGCCAUUCCAGCAGCAGCCGUCCCAGCAGAGUCCGUCGUGGCUGGAGCAACAGCAGCGGCAGCAGCAGUGCUAGCAGCAGUAGCAGCAGUCCAACCCCCGUCCCCAUCCCCAUCUCCUCCCAUCAACAGCACCCUCCCCAGCCAUCACUUCCCCUCCUCCCCUCGCCUCCGCCUCUCCCUUCCUACCUCCUUCACAGCUCGUCCUGAGGCGCCUCUUAACGAGUAUGCUCCUUUACCUUACUCGUCCUCAGCUGUAGCAGCUGCUACAGCUGUUCGUUCUGACGCUGCUGUUCGUUCUGACGCUGCUGUUGAUUCUCGAGUCAGCCCUGCUCUUCGCAGUGCCUUCUCCCCCCCCGCUUAUCCCGGCCCUAAUCUAUCCCCCCACCCCUCCCCUCGUCCCUCUCCUCUGUCUAUUGCAACACACUCAACUUCCCUCCUCCCUUCUCGUGCUAGUGCUGCUGUGGGUGCUGCUGCUGCUGCUGCUGCUGCUGCUGCUGCUGCUGGUGCGGAUGCUGGUGCUAACGACAACACCCCAUUUAGUGAAGGGGGUGAGGCCAACGACACUACCAAGAGGCCCUUCAGCGGCCUCACAUAUUUCAGUGCCAAGACCCCCAAGCGUAGCAAGGCCUUUAAGUCUCCAAGUGGGGACCCCCCAAGUGGCAAUACCCAAAGCGGGAAUGCCCCAAGUGGCAAGACCCCCAAGAGAUCCAAGAGCAUGUCAGCAGCAGCGUCCUCCUGGCUCCGCUCCCUUAAAGCCACUCUCUCCCCCGCCUCCACCACCUCCCCUAAGUCACGCUCCGUACAGCCACGCUCCGAGGAGUCACACUGUGUACAGUCACCUCCCCAGGCUUCUGUAGGUGCACCUCGUGCCUCUGCCUCCUCCCCCCUGCCAUCUUCUGCCACCUCCCCGCAUCCUGCCUCUUCUGCCCCUCCUCGUCCUCCUCUCUCCCCUUUUCCUGCCUCCACCAUCCCUUCUCGUCCUCCUCGUCUGCCUGUCCCUGCAUCAGCCCCCGCAGGGCCCGUUGCAAACCUCCCAACCGCUUGGAACCUGCCCCCUGUGUCCCUUCCUCCUCCUGCCAUCGCUUUAGACCCCUCUCCUCCGACUUCCUCCCUUCCUCCUGCUCUUCGGGCUCCUCCUAACAAGUCGCUUUUUGAGUCGACUCAAAAGUCGCCUCCUCCUAACAAGUCUCCCUCUCCUGCUGCUAGGAUCCGUCCACCUUCUCCCCGCCGCCUCUUGUCUUCCCUUCACAAGAUGCUGAGCCCAGGUGGAGGCUCAGGUGGGAUUUCAGGUGAAUCUCGCUUUGAGUCGACUAAAAAAAAUAUGCUGAGCCCAGGUGCCGGCUCAGGUGAAAUUUCAGGUGGAUCUCAAGAAGCCUCUGCCCUGGCUGUAGCAGGCAGCGUUUCUUCAGCGGUACAGAAGCAGGAGGCUCUUCUAGCAGAAGCUAAUCCAAUCGUGGUAGUAGCAGGACGCUCUCCUGAUGCAACUUUAGCACAAGCCGCACCUGGACUGGCUGUAGCAGGAGCCGCAUCUAGACCGGCUGUAGCAAGAGCCACACCUGGAUUGGCUGUAGCAGGAGCCGCAUCUGGACCGGCUGUAGCAGGAGCCACACCUGGAUUGGCUGUAGCAGGAGCCGCACCUGGGCUGUCUGUAGCAGAAGCUUCCGCUGCUAAAUCUGUGGCAGGAUUUCCCAUCACAGCAAAUGUAGCAGAGUUUGACCCUAUCCCGGCUGUAGCAGGGGAAUUUUCUGCAGAAGCUGGAAACCCUUGGUCGGAUGUAGCACAAGGCUCUCCUGCAGGAGUUGAGAUUCCUGGGCCGGCUGUAGCAGUAGAGGUUGAAGAAGAAAAGGCUGGACAAGAGAAGAGAAAGGAGGGACCUUUGGGGGAAGCAGGAGGAGAAUUGGCUUUUGAGAAUUCUCUUUUACCGAUUCAACUCAGUGGCGAGGUGGGAAUGGGGUACAGAGAGGAGGGACAGGAGAAGAUAAACGAGGGACGAUUGGAGGAAGCAGGAGGAGAGAAGGAAGAAGCAUUGGGAGAGGAACGGGAAGCAGAAAGGGGGGAGGACAAGAGAGAGGAGGGAGGGGAGGAAAAGGUGAAAGAAAAGGUCCAGGACGGCACGGUCCAGAACGGCAAGGUCCAGGACGGCACGGUGAAGGAUGGCAAGGUGCAGGACGGCAAGGUGCAGAACGGCAAGGAUGGCAAGGUGCAGGACGGCAAGGUGCCGGAUGGCAAGGUGCAGGACGGCACAGUGCAGGACGCAAAAUUGCUGGUGGAGGAGGGGGAGAAUGAGGAGGAUGGGAGGGAGGUUGAGAGAGGGAUUGUGAAAGUGGAGAUUGACAGGAAAGCGGGGUUGGAGGAAACUUGGGUGGUAGCUGAGGGAGAGAAAGAUGGGGAAGAAGAAGAGGCAGAGGGUGAUGAAAUGAGUGGUUGUGAUCACACAGGGGCGUAUGGAGGCGGGGAAGCGACAGCUCUAGCAGCGGUGCUCACAGCAACAUCAUCGGCCACAUCAGGAAGCGGAGGGACACUAGGGAAGGAAGCAGAAGAGGAGUGUAUUGAAAAAGGUGGUUAUGGUGACACAGGGGCGUCUGGAGGGGGGGCAGCGAUAGCUCUAGCAGCUGUACUCACAGCAACAGGAUCAGGCUCAUCAGGAAGCGAACGGGCAGCUGGGGAAGAGAAGGAUGGAGAAGAGGAGUGUAUUGGAACAGGUGGUUAUGGUGACACAGGGGCGUUGGAAUGCAAGGUAGAAAACGUCGUGUCCAUGGGAACCACAACAGCAGCUUCAGCCUCCUUAGAACCAGCCACAACAACAGCUCCAGCCUCAUUACCUCCAUCCUCGUAUCUCUCCCCGCCACCACCCCUCUCCCUCUUCUCCCCCACACCUCCACCCUCACUCGCCCUCUCCCCCGCUUUACCUGGUCGCAUGACAACUCAGAACAGCCGUCAAAGCCUGCCUCCCAUGCCAUCUUUUGAGUCGAAUCAAAACGUCCUCUCCCCCGCUCUACCUGCUCCCAUAACAACUCAGAACAGCCUCCAGAGCCUCCCUCCCAUGCCAUCUGCCUCCCUCUCCCCCUCGGCCACACAGCCUCCCUCCCCCCCUCUCUCUCCCGCUCUAGCUGCCCCCGUUCCCACCCAGAACAGACUCCAGAGCCUGCAGUCUCCUGAAACUCCUCCCCCUGCCUCCACCCCCACACUGCCACCAACCUCGCUCUCUCUCUCCUCCGCUCCUCCCCCCUCACUCGCCCUCUCCCCCGCUCUAGCCGCCCGCAUUGCCACCCAGAAGAGCACUCUCCAGAGCCUGCAGGCCCUCAAAACUCGCCUGCAGCAGCAGCGAAUGGCAAUGCGCCAGCUGGCGGAGGAGAGUAGCAAGCUGCGGGGAUGGCUGGGGUGUGCUGCAGGAGGGGCAGGUGCUUCCUCAGGUGCUGCCUCAGGUGCUGCCUCAGGUGGUGCCUCUGGUGGUGCUGCUGCUGGCGCCUCAGGUGCUGCUGCUGGUGAGAGAGGCUCAAGUAAUGGUGCUAGUGGGGCAGGAGGGUCGGCAGCAGGUGCCUCUACUGGUGCUGCCAGCGGGGGUAGUGGAUCAGCAGCAGAUGCUUCUCCUGCUGCUCAUUCCUCUACUGUUGCUCAUUCCUCUACUGCUGCUCAUCCUCCUGUUGCUGCUCAUCCUCCUGUUGCUGCUCAUCCUCCUGUUGCUGCUCAUCCUCCUGUUGCUGCUCAUCCUCCUGUUGCUGCUCAUCCUCCUGUUGCUGCUGAGUCUCCUGCUGCGACUGCUAUUGCACCUUCUGCUGCAGCUGCUGCUGUCGCUGCUGCUGCUGGUGCUGCUGCUGGUGCUGCUGCUGGUGCUACUGCUGGUGCUGGUGCUGAUGGGAUUUAUGACGCUGCUGCUUCUGCUACUGCUGCUACUGGUGCUAGUGGUGGUGGUGGUGGUGGUGGUGGUGCUGCUGCUGCUGCUACUGGUGCUGGUGCUGCUGCUGCUACUGCUGCUACUGGUGCUGGUGCUGCUGCUGCUGUUGAUGGUGAUGGUGAUAGCCUCUCUCCCUCCACUACCCUCCCCUCUCUUGCGCCUCCUGUGAGGCACGACUGCCAUGGGUCUGUUGACACGUCACCAACCACCGGCUGGCCUCCAGCUGCUGACGUGUCCUUGCCCGCUGCUGACCUGUCAUCACCUGCUGAGUCGCUUGAAAGCGCUGGAGACUCACCCACAGCAGCAGGAGAGGUGCCACCUGCUCUCAAACAGCAGCAGCAGCAGCAGCAGCAGGCAACUCAAGGGAAGGAAGCAGGUAGAAAGUCAGAGGCAGGUGAAACAGCAGGGGCGGGUAGAAAGUAUGAGACACCUGGAAAGCUGGAGGCAGGUGACGAGCAGGGUGGGACACAAUGUUGGACACAAUGCCCUAGAGGAGAGGCUCUUUCAGGCGCACCUGAGAAGAUGCAUGAGGCACCUGAGAAGAUGCAUGAGGCACCUGAGAAGAUGCAUGAGGCACCUGAGAAGAUGCAUGAGGCACCUGAGAAGAUGCAUGAGGCACCUGAGAAGAUGCAUGAGGCACCUGAGAAGAUGCAUGAGGCACGUGAGGAGCUGUGCAAAUCACCUGAGGGUCCGUGCGAACCAUCUGAGGAUCUGCGCAAGGCACCUGCGGAGAUACAUGAGGCACAAGGCACGAAUCAUUUGGCUCUUUGUAAAAAGGAAGGAGGAAGUGCAGGAGGGAAAGAAAGGGCACAGUCCAGGGCAGGGGAGCCGUCUGAUACCGCUGCUGCUACCGCUGCUGGUACCGCUGCUGCUACCGCUGCUGGUACCGCUGCUGCUACCGCUGCUGGUACCGCUGCUGCUACCGCUGCUGGUACCGCUGCUGCUACCGCUGCUGGUACCGCUGCUGCUACCGCUGCUGGUACCGCUGCUGCUACCGCUGCUGGUACCGCUGCUGCUACCGCUGCUGGUACCGCUGCUGCUACCGCUGCUGGUACCGCUGCUGCUACCGCUGCUGGUACCGCUGCUGCUACCGCUGCUGGUACCGCUGCUGCUACCGCUGCUGCUGCCGCUGCUGCUACCGCUGCUGCUACCGCUGCUGCUACCGCUGCUGCUACCGCUGCUGCUACCGCUGCUGUACCGCUGCUGCUACCGGCUGCUGCUACCGCUGCUGCUACCGCUGCUGGUACCGCUGCUGCUACCGCUGCUGCUACCGCUGCUGCUACCGCUGCUGCUACCGCUGCUGCUACCGCUGCUGGUACCGCUGCUGCUACCGCUGCUGGUACCGCUGCUGCUACCGCUGCUGCUACCGCUGCUGCUACCGCUGCUGAUGCCGCUGCUGCUACCGCUGCUGAUACCGCUGCUGCUACCGCUGCUGAUACCGCUGCUGCUACCGCUGCUGCUACCGCUGCUGCUACCGCUGCUGAUGCCGCUGCUGCUACCGCUGCUGCUACCGCUGCUGCUACCGCUGCUGCUACCGCUGCUGCUACCGCUGCUGCUACCGCUGCUGAUGCCGCUGCUGCUACCGCUGCUGCUACCGCUGCUGCUACCGCUGCUGAUGCCGCUGCUGAUACCGCUGCUGCUACCGCUGCUGAUACCGCUGCUGCUACCGCUGCUGCUACCGCUGCUGCUACCGCUGCUGAUGCCGCUGCUGCUACCGCUGCUGCUACCGCUGCUGAUACCGCUGCUGUACGCUGCUGUACCGCUGCUGCUACCGCUGCUGCUACCGCUGCUGCUACCGCUGCUGCUACCGCUGCUGCUACCGCUGCUGCUACCGCUGCUGCUACCGCUGCUGCUACCGCUGCUGCUACCGCUGCUGCUACGCUGCUGCUGCUACCGCUGCUGACCUGCUACCGCUGCUGCUACCGCUGCUGCUACCGCUGCUGCUACCGCUGCUGCUACCGCUGCUGACUGCCGCUGCUGCUACCGCUGCUGCUACC